GAGGAGCCCGCGCGGCGCGGGGACUGAGCGGCCGAGUGGUUGAGCGGCCGGACCUCAGCGGACUCGCCAUGGAAGAAGAGGGUGUGAAGGAGGCAGGCGAGAAGCCUCGGGGAGCACAGACGGCGGACAAGGCUGGCUGGAUCAAGAAGAGCAGUGGGGGCUUCCUGGGGCUCUGGAAAGACCGCUAUCUGCUCCUCUGCCAGGCCCAGCUGCUGGUCUACGAGAACGAGGACGAGCAGAAGUGUGUGGAGACAGUGGAGCUGGGCAGCUAUGAGAAGUGCCAGGACCUUCGUGCCCUCCUCAAGCGGAAACACCGCUUUAUCCUGCUGCGGUCCCCAGGGAACAAGGUCAGCGACAUCAAGUUCCAGGCACCCAGUGGGGAGGAGAAGGAAUCCUGGAUCAAAGCCCUCAAUGAAGGGAUCAACCGAGGCAAGAACAAGGCUUUUGAUGAGGUAAAGGUGGACAAGAGCUGUGCCCUGGAGCAUGUGACACGGGACCGCGUGCGGGGGGGCAUGCGGCGCCGGCCCCCCACGAGAGUCCAUCUGAAGGAGGUAGCCAAUGCCGCUUCUGAUGGGCUUUCACGCCUAGACCUCGAUGUUCCGGACAGCGGGCCGCCAGUGUUUGCCCCCAGCGAUGAUGUCAGUGCAGCCCAGCCCCGGGAGAGACUCCAGCCCCCCAUGCCUCCUACCAAGCCUUCCCCAGCCUCUGAGACGACUAGUCUUGGUGACAGCGUGGAGACCCCUGCUGGGGAGAGAGCCCCAACCCCUGUCCCCGCAAGCUCUGAGGCCCACCCUGAAAGCCAAGAAGACUCAGAGACUCCAGUGGGGAAGGACAGUGGCUCUGAGCAGCCCCCCAACAAGGUCCUGCCUGACAAACUGAAGGUGAGCUGGGAGAACCCCAGCGCCGAGGAGUCCCCUGACCGUAAGAGUGCAGAACCGUCCCAGCUGCCCUGUUCUGAGACUUCUGAGGCUAUUUCCAGGGAGGGUGGGAAGCCCCCUACACCCCCACCCAAGAUCUUAUCGGAGAAACUGAGAGCCUCCAUGAGUGGCGUGGAGGCUUCUGGGCCAGCCCAGAGUCCUAGGGCCAAUGAGACCUCUGCCCCAGCCCCAGCACAGGUCUCAGUGAAUGGUGUGGAUGACAUUUCUGAGCCUGUCAAGCCAUCCCAGGCCACAGGCACCCCCGGAACUCCCGCACAUGAUGCAGCAACAUCCACAGCGCUGCCCCCCUGGGACCCGCAACCUCGGUUCCAUCCCCGCUGCUCCUCCCUGGGGGACCUGCUUGGGGACGGCCCCCGGCGUCCACGGCAGCCUAGGGAACAGCUGUACCGAGCCCAGCUGGAGGUGAAGGUGGCCUCGGAACAGACGGAGAAACUGUUGAAAAAGGUGCUGGGCAGUGAGCCGGCCCCUGUGAACGCCGAGUCGUUGCUCAGCCAGGCUGUGGAGCAGCUGAGGCAAGCCACCCAGGUCCUGCAGGAGAUGAGAGAUCUGGGAGAGCUGAGCCAGGAAGCACCUGGGCUACGGGAGAAGCGGAAGGAGCUGGUGACACUCUACAGGAGGAGCGCGCCCUAGGGCCUGCCGGGCCAGGCACGGUCCCUCUUGACUGGCUCAGUCCGCCAGAGCCCAGCCCUGCCGAGAAGUGUGCUUCUGCUCAGGCUGUAGAAGCGCCAUCAGGCACGCUGGGGAUUGGCCAGGACCUGCAGAGACUCCUGGGAUCCUUCCCGCCCUGCCCGGGCCAGUGGUGCCAGGUACCACCCAGGGCUGCUGUCUGGCCUGGCCUGGCCUCCGGCUCUGGGCUUGGCUUGGGAGCAUACACUCAGGACCUCUGUGCUCGCGUGGUUGCUCCGAACCGCCCCAGGGCCUUGGCACAGCGCUCAGGAUUUCUGAGGGUGGCAUCAUCUCUGCUUCCCACCCUCAGUAGUUUACAUUCCUGACUUCUGAAUCGAGCACAGCUGAGCCCCCCUACAGCCUCCAUGUCCAGAUGUUCCCGGGCAGAGAGCCUCAUGGCAGAGGCAGCUUUAA